AUGCCCAGCAAAAUCAGCAGCAAGGUCGGUCAAGAUGUGAACCCAAAGGUCAAAUGGCACGUGAUUGAGGGUUGCUGUCCUCUGUCGUACGGCGAGAAGCGCCGGGUGCGGGAGAGCCUGAACCAGAUUGCUGCGAAGGGCUUCCCGCUGGACCGCCUCCACAAGGAAACUGUGGCGAAGAUGGUCGUCGAGUACUACGCCGCGACCACUGCUCAGUUCAAGGCGGAGAUAGCCGCCGAGGUUGGAGGCGUACCGCGUCUGCACCUCGACCUCGAACUGUGGGUUGACAAGUCCUCGACCUUGAUGUUCAUGGGUGUUCGGUUGUUCUACAUCGACCGGGAGUGGCGGCUGAGGUCCCGCCUCCUAGCUGUUCGACAGUUCAACCCGACACCGGAGAUGUUCGAGAACGAGCGCCUCUCUAAGCUUCUCGAGAAGCACCUUACCGAUGUGCUUGAGUUUGGCCUCGACGUGUACAUGCUCUUCUCAGCAACAAGCGACGCCGGCAGCGAUGUGAAACAUCGCCUGUGUUACAUAUUAAUCCCGAGGCUAUGA